CUGGAUUAGUCAAGCAUGCUAUAUCAAUCAAGGUGAACCGUACCAGUGCGAAUAUCACCCAGCACAACCCCAGACUAAGUACUAUGUCUGGAACAGUACCACUCAAUGACGAAGGGGUCGUCAGCGCAGUAUGCGAUGCGUACAGCACCAUUGCGAAGGAAGGCGCGCACACAGCAUAUGCUGAAGCAGUCGCGGAAGCAUUCGGAUACACUGCGGAACAGCUGAGGUCCGUCCCAGCAGAAUCCCACAUGGGACUCGGAUGCGGAAAUCCCGUGGCCGUAGCGUCUGUCAAAGAGGGAGAAACUGUCCUUGACUUGGGCUCUGGCGCUGGCAUCGAUGUCCUUCUUGCAGCUCAGAAAGUUGGUCCUAAGGGGCAGGCCAUCGGUCUGGACAUGUCAGCAGAUAUGAUCGAUCAAGCGCGUAAGAACGCCUUUAAGCAAGGAUAUAGGCCACCUCAGGUAGUCUUUAUCCAGGCGAAGUUGACAGAGCCCCUACCUGUGGCGACAGGCUCCGUAGAUUGCAUCUUGUCCAACUGUGUCAUCAAUCUGCUUCCUGAUGUGGGGAAGGCAGCCGUCUUGAAAGAGUGUUAUAGGAUCCUCAAACCUGGUGGACGUCUUGUGGCUGACGAUAUCAUUGCGAAGAAGCUGCUUCCGGACACCAUCCGGUCCGACCUUUCGGCCUAUAUCGGAUGCAUAUCUGGGGCGCUUCAGCUGGAGCAAUUCAGAGCUCUUAUGAAGCUUGCUGGGUUCACAGAUGCAUUAUUUGUCGAGAACAACGUAGAUCUUGAGGUCUAUAAAUCCGCUGGACCCACUGCAUGCGGUAGCACACCUUCAUCUAGCCCCUCAACUAAAUGUUGUGCGGCCUAUACCAGCACUCUUCCUCAGACCACCAUCGGGAACCUCAACGAAUGGGCUGCUUCAUACCAGAUAUACGCAAGGAAGGUCUCCUCAGAUAAUGGAGCUGUGGACAAAUCUCCUCCAGCACUUGAUCGAUGGUGGGAUGCAUAUCCGAAAGACUAUCUAACUUCCGACGAAGUUGCGAGUUUGCUUCGCGACCCUGAUUGUUCAGACUAUGCUAUCAUUGACGUUCGGGAGAAUGAUCGCGUUGGUGGUCAUGUUCUUGGAAGUGUUCAGUGGCGAGCAGACACGUUCGCUAGUUCACUAGACAAGUUUUACGAUGAGUACGGCAAGACAAAGCAGGUGGUUUUUUACUGUGGGAGCUCCAAAGGACGGGGUUCUCGGUGUGCUGCCUGGUAUCAAGAUCAUCUAAACAGCAGAGGUAAUACGGAGUCAAAGGCUUGUGUUCUAGAAGGUGGAUACAAUGGAUGGAGAUAUCCUGAUCUAGUGGAUGGAGCAAGCAGUCUGUGAAAGGCCAUACGCAUGUACGGAAUACAGGGUUUCAAUACCAAAGUACUGACAAGUGAAGUAAGACGCAUUUUCGGGACAGCAUCUCGGUCUUGAGGACCCUUGUGACACUACACGUGGUUGUAGUAAAUGUGACUCAAUUAUAAACCCGUAUUCGGUUCAGCUGCAGAAUGGGCAAAUGCCGAUCAAUGACACAACCGCGUAUCAUGUAUAACAGCAGCGUUGAUGACACUGAC